CAGAGUUGCUAGUAGCGACGACUGGACAAUGUACCAAGAACUGCGUCAUCGAUUCGAUAAGGAAACAGAUGACCAACUCGAUGAAAGUGGAGGGCGAAGAGGAGGAGGAGGAGGACGUGGUGGAAGAAGAAGAGGAGGAAGGUGGGGUCCUGCGGCGGGAGGCAGAGACAGGAGAAGGGAGAGUGAGAUGUUUGAUGGUCGGUCUACAAACAGAGAUGAGCAAGUGGAGGGUGGGGCGGUACGGAGAUACACGUCAGCGGAAAGUCUGAACAGAAGUUUCGAAGACCACAGAGGUUUGUCCUGGAGAGAAAGAGGGUUUCAGAGAAGAGGAAGAGACGAAGGAUAUGAAGGAAAAUUAAAAGAUGAUGGUUCGGAAAGACUAGAAAGAGACAGAGGUCUCGCAGGACGAGAAAGACAUGCCGGUUUUGGUGGACGAAGAAGUGGAGGAUUUGAAGAAGAAAAAGAAGACAGAAGUCAUCGAGAAAAAGGAUAUGAAAGAAGAUCCAGCUAUGGCUACGGCAGCAGCAGAGAAGGAAGAUUCGGAAGUAACGAAGAAGGUGGAAGAGGUGGAAGAGCGGGAUUGGGAGUAAGAGGAGGCGGCAGAAAGUUCCAGGUGAGACACUUUCUUGAUGUCACGGACCCUGUCGACACGACUCUGAAGCUGACUAGCCAACUCUACCAGUUUGAAGACUUUAUAAAAUCGAAAAGCAUCUCCACAGAUGAGACCUCAGAAGUUCUCAGAAUACUUUGGACGAUUCUGGACUGCGACAUGCACAGGGAAAGCGUCCUCAAAAUCCUCCAAGUCGUCUGCAACUCGCUAUUCCUGAGCACCCACUUAAGCAACAUGCUGCUGAAGCUGGAGUCCUUGCAUACAGACGGUCUGUUCUCUGAAGAGCAAGUCAAGAAAGUGCAACAGAACGUGGAGAUGAUGUGUGAACUGAUAUCGCACAUCUGCUCCAGGCUCCCGACACAGGCAUCCAAAUGCUAUCUACUGCUGACAUCCCUCAGCUCUUACACAACUGUAAUGUCAGCAGUGAGAACAAAGACAGGCCUGGAGGAGGAGGUGAAAAAUCUGAUGUCUAUAUGCCAGAAAAGAAUGAAAAUGGCCCAGGACUCAGCUGAGCGGAAACAGCAGACUAGGAGGGUCAUAGGUCGUAACCAAGAUUACGAAAUCCCACCUGACGACUUUUCUGAAUUGUCCAUCUUCCCAACAGUUCAGGACAUGGAAUGGAACGAAAGGCCCUUUCUCAGGGCUAACAAGACAAAGGGAGGGUACAGAAAUGUCCAUCACUACCUGGAUGUCCAGUUUCGUCUACUUCGUGAGGACUACAUACGGCCCCUGCGUACAGGUAUUAGGGAGUAUCAGGCAAUGAAAGAGAAAGGUGAAAGUCUUAUGAAGAAUCAAGACCUCAGGUUGUACCACAAUGUUAAGGUUAUUGGUCUGGCAUGCGAGGAAAGCCUGGAACAUCGUAUUCAGUUUGACAACACACAUCUGAAGAACAUCCGAUGGGAGUCUUCCAAAAGGCUCUUGUAUGGCUCGCUCGUCUGCUUGAGUAGGGACGACUUCCAGAGCAUGUACUUCGCAGUGGUGACUAAUAGAGAAACAAAGGACCUUGAGGAGGGGAUCAUCCAAAUCCGAUUUGAGAACGGUCUUCAAGACAUCUUAGACGCGUCCUCCGAAGACACUUUCACGAUGGCAGAAACAUCAGCAUUAUUUGAGGCGUAUAGACACGUUCUAGGGGGUCUUCAGGAAAUGAAGACUAGCUUCCCUCUUGCUCGCUACAUCGUUGAAUGUAAAGUAGAUGUAAAACCUCCAAAAUAUUUACGCGCACAUGGCACCGCUUUCAAUUUUAGACAUCUUUUUGAUUACAUUGAUUACUACUCGCAGGAUUCACCCAUGCUAGCACUGCUCUCUGCCCGUUGGCCAUCCUUUGAGAAUACCCGCUUAAACCAGUCACAGUAUGAUGCUGUACAGACGGCCCUGACAAAGGAAAUAGCCAUCAUUCAAGGUUCCCCCGGGACUGGCAAGACGUAUGUUGGACUUAAAGUGGCUCAAAUUCUUUUAGACAACAGACAGGUAUGGACACAGAAUAUUGACCCCAAGCCGAUGCUUGUUGUCUGCUACACUAACCAUGCUUUGGAUCAAUUUCUGGCACAAAUGACAGAAUUCUGUCCAAACGGAAUUGUUCGAGUUGGCAGCAGGUGCACAAAAGAAUUUCUAGAGCAAUAUAACUUAAAGAAGAUUCGAUUAGUGAUGAGGAGUGAAAAGAAAGUUAGGUUAGAUAUUCACAACAGCAUCAAGGACUGUAGUAGGGAACAGAGUGUUUUGAGAGAAAGAGUGGAGCGAUUGUCAGCAACUUUGGAAGCCACCACCAAAGGCAUCAUUGGGGAGAAAGCACUAAAGAUGGAGAUGCCUGAGCAACAUUGCAAGUCAUUACUUGAGAAAGACUUUCAUGUAACAGGUCGCCCAAACUCGAUAAUGAUGUACUGGCUAACAGAGGGCAUGCUGAUGAAAUCUGAUGAUAAAGGGGAAAAGGAUGGCUGCGAGAGUUUAGAGAAAAAAGUGAUGCAGAAGAUUCUAGAAGCCGCAGAACUGAAGCAAGACCCCAGUUUCGAGAGAAGCGAAAUUUAUUGUCUCCAUCCAAAGAAGAAAGCUCAGAUGUAUAGAUUCUGGCUGAACAAGAUAAAGGACCAACUGAGGCAAACACUCGCAGAAGAAUCUGAUGCCAACCUGAAGCAGCAGCUGGUGGAGCUAGAAGACCAGUAUACCAAGGACAUAUUACCUGACAGCAUGCUGAAGCAAGUGAUGGACAGAAGCAUUUUUACAGAAAUCACUCAGGCAUCCUCUCAGUCAAGAUGGCAGCAAAGUGAUUACAGAGUGAGAGCAUGGCUUGGAUUGUCCACAGACAGACACUCAUUACAGAACCUCCUGGACCAGCUGCAGGAGGAAGAUAAAGGUGAGGAGGAAGAGGCGAAACUAAACGCCGAGGAGGACGCGGAGUAUCUGCAGAGAGAGCGACAACUAGAUGAUGAUGACGAUGACGAUGAUGAUGACUUCGCGAAGCGUCACAAGUACACCAUCAAGGAUGCCAUCACCGACCUUGGCAUUAUCAUGACGGAAGGAAAGGACGAUGAUGAAAAAGACAUGGAUGGUUGGCUUUUACCAAAGCAACAUGGGAGAAAGCAAGUCAGAAAACUUCAACAUCUUAUCAGAACAUCCCAGGCUAUGUCUGAGGAGGAAGCAUCAGCCAUCACUGAUGUCUGGAGUCAAGAUCAGAGGGACAGAGUGAGACUAUACCUAUAUUGGCGCGAGAGAUACCAGACACCAUUAAAACUGUCUAUUAAAGUAAAUGCUGAGAUGUACGAGAUGGAGUCAGCACGCAUGCGCGAGCUGAAGUUCGCCGAAGAUCGCGACAUCCUGCGCAGGAUGGCUGUCAUCGGGAUGACAACCACGGGAGCUGCUCGCUACCGCUCGGUGCUGAAAGACAUCGGCUGCCCCAUCGUGCUGCUAGAGGAGGCUGCUGAGGUGCUGGAGGCGCACGUGGUGACGACACUGAGCGAGUCGUGUCAGCAUCUCAUCCUCAUCGGCGACCAUCAGCAGCUGCGGCCGUCGCCCACAGUGUUUGAGCUGAGCAAGUUCUACAACCUGGACAUCUCGCUCUUCGAGCGCCUGAUCAAGAACCAGCUGCACCACACCACCCUGACCCUGCAGCACCGCAUGAAACCGCAAAUCGCCAACCUUGUACGUCACGUGUACCCGACAUUGGAGGAUCACGUGUCAACCACGAAGAGAAAGAAUGUACGAGGAUUGACACAAGAUGUGUUUUUAGUGCAUCAUGAGUUUGGCGAGACGAGAACGAACGAGACGAGCAGCAAGAUGAAUGAUCAUGAGGCUGACUUCUGUCUGUGUCUUUGCCGCUACCUGCUACAACAGGACUACUCACGACAUCAGAUCACCAUCCUCGCAGGCUACUCCGGCCAGGUCUUUGCUUUGAAAUCUCGAAUGAAAAAGGAGGCAAAAUUUUUUGAGGGAGUGCGUGUGACGACCAUUGACAACUACCAGGGAGAAGAGAACGACAUCAUCAUCCUCUCUCUCGUACGAAGCAACGAGGAAGGCAACGUAGGGUUCCUAGGGACAGACAACCGCGUGUGUGUGGCGCUGUCCAGAGCCAGGGAUGGGUUAUACGCCAUUGGCAACUUCAAAAUACUGGCAGAGAAAAGUGAACUCUGGAGGAAGAUUGUGAAGACCGCUAAAGACAAUCACCAGCUGGGUAACAGCUUGAUACUUCGAUGCCAGAACCAUCCAGGGACCGAAACCAAAGUUUCUUGCAAGGAUGACUUCAAGAACGUUCCUGAAGGUGGGUGUAAGAAGCCCUGUGCAUUCAAACUGAGCUGCGGUCACGGUUGCCUGAAGCUGUGCCACGGGUACGACAGGGACCACAUCGAAUACCAGUGCAAAAAGAACUGUGAACGUAUGGCCUGUAACAACGGACACGUGUGUCAACACAGAUGUUACGAGCCAUGUGGAAAAUGUACGUACAGAAUAGAGAAGGUCAUCCCUAUGUGUGGGCACAAGGCCCGGGUGGAAUGUCACAGAGACCCUGGUGCGUGGUAUUGCACGAGCCGCUGUAACCAACCCCUUGAGAAGUGUGGCCACCAAUGCUCUGGAAAAUGUGGAGAGUGCAGAAAGAGUGGCAGGCACGCUGAUCAGUGCACAGAAGAGGUGGAGCGCACGUGGCCAUGUGGACAUCUGAUGAAAGUCCCUUGCAAUGCUACACCUGCUACACGGCCAUGUGCUCAGCCCUGCCAAGCUAAACUAGAAUGCGGUCACGUGUGCCAGGGCACGUGCGGGGAAUGCUGGGAAGGACGGGUACACAAGGAUUGCGGAAAAUCAUGUAAUAAACUUCUGCCGGGAUGUGGUCACGUGUGUCCUUUGCCAUGCGGAAGCAAAUGUUUGCCUUGCAAAGAAAAGACUUGCCAAACGAGAUGCAAGCACGGCAACUGCGCUCUUGUCUGCGGCGAGCCGUGCAAACCAUGCGAAGAGCGAUGUCCGUGGAAAUGCGAACACGUGACAUGCCAGUCCUUCUGUCACAUGCCUUGUCAGCCUUGUAGCUUAAAAUGUGACCAAAGACUCAAAUGUGGACAUCUUUGCUCGGGUUCCUGCGCUGAGAUAUGUCUUUGCUACAAAUGCGAAAAUGAUAAGUUUGUUCCUCUGGCCAUGGGUGGACUGCUUUCAAAAGAAGAAUGUCCAAAGGUUGACGAAGCCAUGUUACUGAUCAAGCUACCAGAAUGUAAACACAUAUUUAGAGCAGAUUCUCUGGAUGAGUAUGUCGAAAAGACACAGUUUACUCCAGGUAAGUUUCUGCCGUGUCCAGCCUGCAAGACGCCGGUCAAGGACUGGGACUGUUGGAGGUAUCACAGUAAAAUCAGAGAACGUCGAUUGGAACAGGAAAAGAGUAAGGCCAUGCUGAAGACCUCCUCAUUAGUGUCACAGGAGCGCCAGGACAAGAUCUUCAGAUCCAUGGACAUGCUCAAGAAGAGUCCGCUGGACCCACGCAGCUUUGCCGCAAGUCAUUUACAAAGUAAUUUAAAGAGCAGAAACCUGGAUGUCAACAUGUGUUUUGCUUUAACCAAUCAGAUCAAGGUUGCCAGAGUUAUUGAGAUGCUGGAAAGUUUCUUACUGAAAUCAACUGGCAUGGCUAUAGAAAGGGACAUUGUCAGAGACCUUGAGGUUGACAUCGAGGCUUUAAAGAGAGUCGUGUUGCCUCCUGUCGAUAACAUGAGUGGACAGCGAUGUCAGAUGAUGAACUCAGAAACGAGGCGGUUGGCUUAUACAGCGCUUCUUGCCCUAGCUGAAGGAAUACCUCCCUGCUACCAUCCUGAAGAUACUAUGUUGAUUCUACAGCGCCAAGCCCACCAGCUCGUGAGAACCCUAAGGUCCUGGAAGGAAGGGACUAUCCCUACGGUAGAAUGUGAACGAGUCAUUAACGAGUGCAGAAAGAGAAUAAAGGUUUUUAAGAGGGAGACAGCAUGUGUCGAUUUGUCCAUCCUUAAUGCAUCACCGGAAGUGGAUUUGUGCGACAUCGAGCAAGUCUAAAGCAGGUGUCCUGACAGGUGAAUGUUGACAAUGAGAUGAUAUUGAAACUUUUUUACAAUCCGUGGGGUUUGUGAUGAACACAGCUUGUGGCCUUUAAUUAAACAAGACCAAAGGUUGUGGGCUGGUUAAUCGUAUAGCCUACAAUAUUCCGAUCUUACCUUUUCUGCGCCAGCCUCCCAGCUUCUUGUUUUUUUUUUUUUUUUGACUACCUGGGAAAGCAAGUUUCAAUGAUAACACAAUGUUUAUUUACAUGAUGCUUCACUUACACAUUUUGUCCUUUCUUUUUUAUGAUCUGAACGUAUCAAUCACAAUAAGUUAAGCAAAACACAGCUGAUAAUAAUAUAUACAUAUAAUCAGAGAGCUUUAUUUCUAAUUGUGUAAUUAUGCGAGUAGACAAAGGCAUGACCGUUGCAGAAAAUGGUUAACAUGUGUGAAAUGAUUUUGUGUUUACUUUAUUCUUGUGGUAGAAGAUUUUAUUAAUAAACAUACCUUAAGAAGAAUGAUUUUUAAACAUUCUUUUGUUACAGAUAUAUUCUUCCAUCUUAAGACAUUAAUACCUUUGCAAAUCAUUAGUGUUUUUUAAUUUCCUAACUACGUUCUUAAUUCCAUUGUAAUCAUGAAAUACUCAACUGGUUGCAAGUAAUAUUUCUGUCUUGCAAGUGGUUUUGCAAUCAUGCACUUGAUGAUUUAUUUUCUUCUUUAAGUAAACGAAAAGCGCACAGAGACUCAUAUCCGAGUUUAUCCAGUGAAAUAUCCGAGCGAUCUUGUAAUCGAAAGAUUAAAUCUCUGCUUACUUGUAAUGUAAGAUAUUACUUUUCAAUUCCAGUCCUAACAUUUUGUACACUGAUUUAUGUGUUUAAAAUUUUGAGAUUUUUAUGGCGUCUUUUGUGUGAAACAACUUUCCAUUUCUUUACUUAUAGGAAGACACUGCUUCAAAUAUCGCACCUUUAGACUUGAUUUUUCAUAACUACUUUUGUUUAGUUACACAAUAAGAUAUGCUUUUCCACCCUCUCUUAUUUUAUCUCAUACAAUGUCUUUGAUCGCUUUUUAUGAGAUAGUUGGCUGUUCUUGUAUUUGUAAUAAAUUUUAAUUUUGUUUAAUCUUUUCCUGGAUUGAGUUGUGAAGUUUUGUAGAUUGAGAGAGGUAGAUGUAGUGAUUUGACUUGUCAUGAGAUGUCAUAAAAGAUGGAAAAUUAUUUCACAUUUAAAGAUGUUUCCCAUUUCAAAUAAAGGAAUGUAGUAGACAGUUUUAACAUAUUUAUUAAGGGUGUGGUAAAAUCUAUAACAGGUAAGUCAACAUGAGUAAGACGAGACUUUUUAAAAACAUUUUUGGCCGACUUUUAAAAUAAAUCUCCGACAUCUUCAAUGUUUCAUGUGAAAUUUAAUUUGUACAUUGAAAGGGACAUUUAAAAGUGCAUGUAGGUUACAGAAAAAUAACCAAUUUCUUAAUCUUU